UGUCAACAUGAUGGCUGUGGUCGAUCCUUCACUCGCCCUUAUAACUUGACCUCUCAUAUGCGCACUCACACAUCUGAACGCCCUUAUGCUUGCUCUCACUGUGGUCGACGAUUUGCUAGACAACACGACCGCAAUAGACAUGAGAAGUUACAUUGGGGUAUCCGUCCUUACGCUUGUCAUCAUUGUCACAAGUCCUUUGCUCGUAUGGAUGCUCUGAACAGACAU